AAGAGAUUGAAGUGGAGUAUAACAUACUAAAAGCACUUUCUGACCACCCUAAUGUUGUUAAAUUUUAUGGGAUGUACUUUAAGAAGGAUGAAAUAAAUGGAGAUAAGCUGUGGUUGGUUCUCGAGGUGUGUCAGCCCAGCUCACAUACACCUGGCACGGCCGGAAUACAUCCAAAGGAACACCAUUUUGGAUGGCUCCUGAGGUGAUUGCAUGUGAACAGCAAUCGGAUACCACGUACGAUGCCAGAUGUGACACAUGGUCCCUGGGGAUCACGGCUAUUGAGCUAGGUGAUGGAGAUCCCCCACUAGCUGACCUGCAUCCCAUGACAGCACUCUUCAAAAUACCAAGAUGGAGACUCUAGCUGCUGCUAGGGAAAAGGGGUGAUGACUGCUCUGGCUGCUUCGUGCUGAGAAGGGGGCGCAGUAAAAGGUGCAGGAUUGGGAUAGCAGUAUAAAAUUAGAAUCAGACUGCUGAUUGCCCAGCAGGAUGUCAUCAACUAUCCAAGCACAGAGCCUGAAGGACCCUGAGAUUGCAGAACUCUUCUCCAAAGAAGAUCCAGAGAAGCGCUUCACAGAUCUCAAAAAAGUUUCCCAGGGAGGCUUUGGAGCAGUGUUUUUUGCACGAGAUGUGCACACCAGUGACGCAGUGGCUAUCAAGAGAAUACCUUUUAGUGGAAAGAAGGCUAUGGAGAGAUGGCAGGGUAUUAUUAAGGAAGUCAGGUUGCUACGAACAUUAAAACAUCCCAACAUUGUAGAAUACAAAGGCUGCUAUUUACAUGAGCACAGAGCAUGGCUUGUAAUGGAAUAUUGUUUAGGAUCUGCUUCAGAUUUGCUGAAAGUUUACAAAAAGCCAUUACAAGAAAUGGAAAUAGCAGCAAUUAUACAUGGUGCUCUUCAGGGAUUAGCCUACUUACAUUCCCGUGCCAUGAUCCAUAGAGACAUCAAAGGAGGAAAUAUCCUUCUGACACCAGGAGGCCAGGCGAAACUUGCUGACUUUGGAUUUGCUUCCAUGGCCUCUUCUGCCAAGUCUUUUGUGGGAACGCCACAUUGGGUGGCCCCAGAAAUAAUUUUAGGCAGGAAUGAAGAACAAUAUGAUAACAAAGUUGAUGUAUGGUCUCUUGGAAUAACAUGCAUUGAACUAGCGGAAAGGGAGCCUCCUUUAUUUAAUAUGAAUGCAAGGCAUGCCUUAUGUCACAUUACCAGAAAUAACCCCCCUACACUACAGUCUAAUGAAUGGUCCAGUUCUUUUCGCAACUUUGUAGAGUCUUGCCUCCAGAAAAACCCUAAAGAUCGCCCUACAUCAAAGAAACUUUUAAAGCACCCGUUUGUUCUUCGGGAGCGCCCUACAACAGUGUUAAUAGAGCUCCUUCAAAGGGCAAAGGAUGAAAAAAAAAGAGUGCUGGACAAUCUGUACAAUCAAAAGACGAAGAAGGUCCUUUCCCAGGAGGCACAUAAAGGGCCAGCACAGGAAGAAAAGGACCAAGAUCAUGGUGUUGGACAGACAAGAGCAGUGCAUAAUAUUGGCGGUCAUCAGUCUAUUCCCCGUAUGUCCAACAGGACCAGGAGUCAAAGCGGUAGGGUUAACAUUCUUCCAGAUGCCUCAGAUAACAAGAAUGAGCUACACAUGAUGGAGGGAAUCCACACAAUCAUGUCUAAGAAUUCUGCCAUCCGUUCAGAAUCUGUUACAAGGGAAAUGCCAGUACAUGAGCUCAGAGAACAAAUGUCUGGCUGUAAGAGAAUGAUGCAGCAACAUCAGAAACAGCUGAUGACUUUGGAAGAUAAGCUAAAGGCUGAGAUGGAUAAGCAUCGUUUCAGAUUAGAGAAAGAUCUUGAAACUCAGCGUAACAACUUUGCUGCCAAAAUGAAGAAACUUAUCAAGACACAUCAGGCUGCUGUGGAAAAAGAGGCUAAAGUGAUGUGCAAUGAGGAGAAAAAAUUUCAACAACAUAUUCAGGCUGAGCAGAAGAAAGAACUGAAUAGCUUUUUGAAGUCCCAGAAGAGAGAAUACAAACUUCGAAAGGAACAGCUUAAGGAGAAGCUGAAUGAAAACAAGAGCACCCCAAGAAAAGAAAAACAGCGAUGGCUUUCAAAGCAGAAAGAGAACAUACAGCAUUUCCAAGAAGAGGAAAAGAUCCAUCUUCUUCAACAUCAGAGACAAUACCUAGAGCUGCAAUGCCAUCGCUUCAAAAGAAAGUUGUUACUUGGGUGCCAUAACUUGGAGCAGGACCUUGUCAGGGAGGAAUUAAAUAAAAGGCAGACUCAAAAGGACUUAGAGCAUGCAAUGCUACUGCGACAGCAUGAAUCCACGCAAGAACUGGAGUUCCGCCACCUCAACACAGUGCAGAAGAUGCGCUGUGAGUUGAUGAGACUGCAGCAUCAAGCCGAGCUCACUGACCAGCUGGAGCGUAAUAAACGGAGAGAGCAAGAACUAAGGCGGAAGCAUGUCAUGCAGGUUCGACAGCAGCCUAAGCUUCUUGACAAAGGAGAACAGAUAAAAGGCAACAGUAAAAGUCUAAGCCAGAUGUCUGUCAUCAAGAAAUUGAAUAAGCUUUUUUUCUUUUCAUUUUAAGCAUGUUUGGUUAGUGUUGGUUUAGAGGGUCUAUAGCUUCAGACUUCUACUUGUGUAUUUCUCAGCAGAGUACCAAAAAAUGGCCAGAACUUUUUAACUGUGGAAAGUGUCAUAAAUAAGAUUCAAAAUUCUCAUUUUAAGUGUACCCAAAUGUCCAGUGUUGAUACUACAAUCUACAUAUCAACAUACUAACCUGCUGGCUUCUCUCUGUUGUUCCAAAUUUUAUAGUUUUGGAAUCUUAUUUCCUCUGAAUGUGAUUUGUAUCCAAAAGAGGCAGUAAGUUCUUAAUUAGUACAGAAACCAGUGAAUGAAAAAUGCCUUUUUACCCCCUCUCCCUACAUUGUCAAUACUCAUCUUUAGAGGAAUAGUGGAAUUAUCACACUGUUACCCCCAUUCUUUCUGUGUUUGGUAACAUAGGUAAGACCAGGGCAUGUGUAGUUGGAGUGUAUUUUUUUAAUUAGUACAUCAGAGUGAAGCAAGUUAUUAUAUGCCCUCUUGUAGACAAAUAAGGAAAGACAAGU